GUGGCUGUUGUAGGAAUAGUAGUGUAAUAAUAGGGAAGUGUCCAAGCCUGAUGGGAAGUGGACGCCGGGCAGAUCCAAGGUGGAACAGGAACCGUCAAACGAUCUGGCUUGCUCGUUCUUUCGGUCUUUCUGUUCAUUCUGGACAUUGAAGAGGGUGAAAGCGUGAGGAACAAGGAGUGGGAAAUUUCUGAAUUUCAAAGGCACUCACACUAAAUGAGUCGGAAUUCGAAGUGGGGUUUCAUGGUGCCGCUUCAGAUUGGCAAGAUUUGUGGUUCACGGCGUGCUGGUCUGUUUUACCAUCAGAUGUGACAUUUGUCAAAGGUGCUCCAUCUCACGGCUUCCGUGACACGUUCAUGCCCUUGGGAAUCUUGGAAUUCUGUGUUUCCUUCAACGGAUCACUGACGAUAAGAGCGCUCAUUGUUUCCUUGCUUUCGACUAACAGCUGGUGAAAAAAUCGUCUCUUCCUGACGAAGAUUAAUUAUUUGUCGAAUUAAUUGAAAAAUAUCAGUCUUCGCGCAUACCUUGUCCCAUGACCAGAGAUCAAAGCAACGUUGGUCCCAGCCCAUUCAAAAGAACUUUAACAUACCAAGUGCGCCAACAGAAGAUUGCUCCACAAUUCAGGCAACUCCAUCUAAUUAAUCAUCCAAACAACAAAGAGGGUGUGCAAAAUAUGUUUCAAAAGAACGUGGAAUGACCUCGGAGCCUCCCAUGUCGGGUUUGGACUCAUCUAUUUCAGUGAGUGUGUGUUCAGGUGGAAAUUUCCACCCAUUUUGCUCUCCCACUGAGUCAUCUGAGCCCACCAACGAAGAAGGAACCAUUCUGAGUUACGAGGAAGACGAUGAGCGGAGUACCAGUACUAACGACGGAGGCGGCGAUGUGGUUCGAAGUUCAAGAGGCGUAACCACGAAUUUGGCCUUUCGUGCCCCUUGGGCAACCCCACCAAAAGCUCCCAUUGAAGAUACAAGCUCCUACAAGUGGGACCUUUUAUCCCCUCCAUACAAUGUUAUUUCCCCCAGUGGAAGCCAUAUAGCUGAUAGUUCGUAUGAGCAUCGAAAAAAGUGGGACAAUUCAAGCUACGUGGAACGAUUACUUCUUGACGGCGGAGACUUAGAUUCCAUGGAUAGGAGCCUACUUGAGUACAACGGGCCCAAUCAUCCCGGACUCGGGUCCAGCAUGAACGGAUCCAACACCAUCACUCCAACUGGAACACCUAUCACGUCGCCAACUUCGUUUAAAUCGUCCGAAAAUGGCCCUCAUGGAGAGAUCAUGCUUUCCCCCUCAGAUGUGACAAAUCAAAUCAUGAAACGUGAUUUGGUAGUUCGAUUCACAGAAGAAAAAAGUGCCUCGGCCAUCGCUCAAGUGAAAUCUUCAAUUGCGCAGAAGAAAGCUCCCCUUAAAUGUUCAACCCUGAAAAUUGGAGUCGGACACAAUGAGCUGUCCUAUGAGAAUGGAUCGAAUAAUGCAUCAUUUGAUGGCGAUGCAAACUCCGAAGCAGAACCCGGAAGUGCCCAAGGCGAUGUUCAAGAUGAAGACAACCUCAUUCGAACUCAAAGUGGAUCCACCAACCUCUAUUUAUACCACGAUGACAUAUCAGAACGCCCACAAAUGGCCUCGGUCAUCGGAGCCCUGGCCAAUUACUCAGCCACCAUCCAGGUUGGGCCGAGUGACCCGGAUGCGAAACCCGUGGAAAAAGCCAAUUUGGGCACACUCACGGGUGUCUUUCUACCAUGUAUUCAGAACAUUUUUGGUGUGAUCCUCUUCAUUCGUAUGACAUGGAUCGUGGGUACUGCCGGAGCAGUUGGGGGUUUCUUUGUCGUCUUCCUUGGAUGUUGCGUGACGAUGCUCACCGCCAUCUCAAUGGCUGCCAUCGCUACCAAUGGUGUUGUGCCUGGAGGAGGCUCAUAUUUUAUGAUAUCCCGAGCCUUGGGACCGGAGUUCGGUGGAGCUGUAGGCAUCUUGUUCUAUUUGGCGACAUCAGUGGCUGGUGCCAUGUACAUCAUUGGUGCCAUUGAAAUUGCCAUGACAUACCUCGUUGGACCCGCCAUGUCUCUGUUUGGGCCGGAUAUAUCGGAUGAUUUCAUCAAGUUCAACAACUACCGAGUCUACGGGACCAUUUUGCUCCUGCUUAUGGGCUGUGUUGUGUUCGUUGGCGUCAGUUUUGUCAACAAAUUGGCUACUGUGGCUUUGGGUUGCGUUCUCUUCACCAUCUUCUCCAUCUACGUUGGAUUGGCUGUUAACUAUGGAGGCAACGACUUGGCAAACGUCUGCACAAUUGGGACUCGAUUGGUGCGCAAAGUGGAUUCUUGCAAUAAGACAUUUGACGGGGAGUUGUUCAAAAUGUUUUGUGAGGUCAAUAGCACAUUGGGCGCGAUCAAUGACACUUCCUCAUUGACCAUAGACGAUUACAUCUGCGAUGAAUACUUUACAAAGAACGAAGCAAAACCUCUCCAAGGCAUAAGAGGACUGCAAUCGGGCGUUUUCUCCCAAAACGUCGACACUAAAUUCCACGAUGGCGGUGAUGCCCUCUCAUCCGAUGGUGUAAAUGAACCCGAAUACAACCUGGGCGGAUUGCCAAGAAUGGGAUAUGUUACCACCGAUGUCUACACCACCUUUACCAUCCUCGUGGGCAUUUUCUUUCCAUCUUGCACUGGGAUCAUGGCUGGGUCGAAUCGUUCUGGAGAUUUGGCAGACCCUCAAAAGUCCAUUCCCAUUGGAACUAUCAUGGCCAUUUUAACCACAUCCACCGUCUACUUAUCCAGUGUUCUUCUCUUCGCCGGAACCGUCGAACCAUUGCUCCUGAGAGAUAAGUUCGGCGAGAGUAUUGGUGGAAGUUUGGUGGUGGGUAAUAUCGCUUGGCCUCAUCCCAAAGUGGUUGAAGUGGGAUCCCUCCUCUCUACUAUUGGUGCUGGACUUCAAUCCCUAACCGGAGCUCCCCGUCUUCUUCAAGCCAUCGCACAAGAUGGAAUCAUCCCGUUUUUGGCGCCAUUCCAGACUCUUACUGCCGGUGGAGAGCCUAUUCGCGCUCUUGGGAUGACAAUUACCAUUUGCGAAAUUGCUGUGCUAAUAGGUAACGUGGAUGAAAUUGCCCCCUUGCUUUCCAUGUUCUUCCUCAUGUGCUACGGUUUUGUCAACUUGGCGUGCGCUCUUCAAACGCUCUUGAGAACUCCGAAUUGGCGUCCACGGUUCAAAUAUUACCAUUGGUCUCUUUCACUCUUGGGAGUAUGCAUGUGCUUGGCAGUGAUGUUCAUGAGCAGUUGGUACUACGCAUUGGUAGCAAUUGGAAUUGCUGGAGUCAUCUACAAGUACAUCGAGUAUCGAGGAGCUGAAAAGGAAUGGGGCGAUGGUCUUCGUGGUCUGGCCUUAUCGGCUGCUCGCUUCUCACUGCUUCGUUUGGAAGAGGGCCCACCCCAUACGAAGAAUUGGCGACCUCAGAUCGUUAUUUUGGCUAAACUCGACCACAAGCUGCAUGUAAAGUACAAGCGAAUGUUUUCGCUGGCAUCCCAACUCAAGGCUGGAAAAGGUCUCUGUAUCGGUGUCACCGUGGUGGAAGGAAACUACGGCAAGAUGUAUGGAGAGGGCCAAGCCGCCAAAGUGAGCAUCCAACAAACGAUCAAGGAUGAAGCUGUCAAGGGGUUCGCCGAGGUCGUCGUAUCCAAGCAUACCACCGAGGGAAUCUGUCAUCUGAUCCAAACGUCGGGCUUGGGUGGCAUGAAACCCAAUACCAUUAUUCUGGGUUGGCCCAACUCUUGGCGUAAACGUAACGAGGAUUCCUGGCGAGUGUUUGUGGACACAAUUCGAAAUGCAGCCUCGGCCAAGAUGGCUCUCCUGGUGCCUAAGGGGAUUCAACGUUUCCCUGACUCAGGUGACAAGGUCAAAGGCAACAUCGACAUCUGGUGGAUUGUACAUGACGGUGGACUUCUCAUGCUCCUGCCUUUCUUGUUAAAACAACAUCGUACUUGGAAGAAUUGCAAGCUCAGGAUCUUCUCCAUCGCCCAACCCCAGGACAACUCCAUUCAGAUGAAGAAAGAUCUCAAGACUUUCCUCUAUCACUUGAGAAUCGAGGCGGAUGUGGAAGUGGUGGAAAUGGCCGACUCGGAUAUCUCGGAUUACACCUACGAGAGAACGCUGCUCAUGGAACAAAGGAACGAAAUGCUCAAAGAAAUGCGAGUGUCCGAGAAGCGGCGAGGAAAAAUGACUCGUCGACUCUCGCUAGCAACUCAGCCCAAAGAACAAUUUAAGGUGGUGGAUGAUCUCAUCAUUCAAACCGAUAAGAAAACCAAUGACCUUGACGUGGAGAAAAUUGUCGACCGCCAUGUUGAGACGGUUUUGGAAAAUAGUCGCGCUGAAGCUAUUGUCGAGGAAACCGAGGGCGAAGAGCGACCUGCUUCCAAAGUCAAAUUCACCGAAGAUAAAUCUGACGAGGACGAGGAGGCCGCUCCCACCAAAGGAUCAAAAGAUGCCGAGGAAAAGACAGGCAAUUCGCUCAAUCCUCCUGGAGGAGGCAAGAGUAGGAACGACAACUCGAAUGUUCGUCGCAUGCACACGGCUGUUCGUCUCAAUGAAGCCAUCGUCAGCAAAUCCCAUGAGGCCAAACUAGUCAUUUUGAAUCUGCCCAGUCCUCCCAAAACCAUUGGCCCGGAUCGUGAUUCCAGCUAUAUGGAAUUCUUGGAAGUGCUCACGGAAGGCCUUGAACGCGUGAUGAUGGUUCGUGGUGGCGGACGCGAAGUCAUCACGAUCUACUCUUAGACUUAAUGUAUGGAACAUAAGAGCAUUCACACAUCACCCUUGGCCAAGUCCAAAGUUCUCAACCCAUCCUGACAGCCGUAUUCAUCACAUCUACCACCCACACAAAAUGUCUCGAUGUGGAUCAUGAUGGCCUAACCCACCAACCCAAAUUUAGAACGAAAAAGAGUCGGACAACGAACAACUACAACAACAGUGCGGGAAGCGGUGUCUAGCAUCCGUCGUCUGAACUUUGGUGCUAAAACACGACAACAAAAUUGCUCGAUUUUCCACCUUAUUAACACUAAUUUCCCUGACGGAUGAUUGAUGAUCCAAUGGCCGAGCUGGGACGAGGCGUUGUUUCAUUCGAGAAAUUGUCAUUUUAUUUCCAUUAACCGUUCCCCCUCUUCUACUUCUAUGGAAGCUGUUACGGGUUUGACUCCGACAGAAACCGCGGUUAUUCGGAGGAAUGAAAGCGAGAACCUCAAAAAACUCAUUACCACCCACCCCACCGGAUAUUUUAGAUUUAUUUCCCAAUUUGAUUGAAUCCAUCCCGGUUCUACACCGACGAACGAAUUAUUCGAGAAUGUCAAAUCCUUUUUAUGGUGCAAGCGACCUUUAUAAGCCCCCUUCCCCCUUUCGCUCUUUCCUGCUGCCCCUCCCUUCUCGGCCCGUUUCUUCUGGUCAUGAAUUAAAGUUCGGAACUUUCGCUUCGUUUACUUGAUGCAUGACUUUGAAUCUCCCUCUAUGUGUAAAACCCUUUUGAUGUGCUAAUACAUUCCUCUCCCAUUAUAAAGAGAGCAUAGGCAUGUCAUGGCCACAUAUGAAA